AUUUUAAUAUACCAUCUCUAAUCAAACAGGUUGUAAACAAAAACUGAAAAACUGCAAUUAACAAUAAAAGAAAAGGGGAAUACUCGUCACCACCCACCCGCAUGCUUGUGUUAAAAUGCGUUUCCAAAUGAAAAGUGGCAGUGAUGAUAACGACAUUGUGGCAGCCACAGCUACUGCCGAGCAUAUACGGAAAUUCGUCUUCACCAGCAGCCACGCAGCCGAGCGUCUGGAGAUCAAAAUACCCGAGCUGCUCCAAGGCGCCUACUCCUUCUACACAUGGCCCUGUGCCCCCGUCUUGGCUCAUUUCCUGUGGGAACAGCGACAGACACUGGCCGGAAAGCGGAUUCUGGAGCUGGGUAGCGGUACUGCUCUGCCGGGAAUACUGGCCGCCAAGUGCAACGCCCAGGUGGUACUCACCGACAACUGCAUACUGCCGAAGUCCCUGGCGCAUAUCCGCAAAUCCUGCCUGGCCAAUCAACUGCAGCCCGGCGUGGAUAUCGAUGUGGUGGGCUUAAGCUGGGGGCUGCUGCUGAAUUCCGUAUUCCGGCUGGCGCCCCUCGACCUAAUCAUAGCCGCCGAUUGCUUCUACGAUCCCAGUGUCUUCGAGGACAUCAUCGUUUCGGUUGCCUUUCUCCUUGAACGGAACUGCGGGGCCAAGUUCAUUUUCACAUACCAGGAGCGUAGUGCCGACUGGUCAAUCGAGGCCCUGCUAAAAAAAUGGAAACUACAGGCGCUGCCCAUAAACAUGGACGACAUUGGCAAGGAGUCGGGCGUGGAUGUGCUGGAGUUUAUGGGCGGACACACCAUUCAUCUGCUGGAGAUUACGCGUGCUGAGAACAGUGCUUCAAUAAAUACAAUAUAGUGACAAA